AUUUUGCACUUCCUGAUGAGGCUAUUGUGUUCCUCACCAUAGUGGUCAUUCUUCUACUGCUGGUCAUCAUGUUUUUCUUGUACCUAAGUAAAGCGCUAUGCUUCUCAAACUGUGGUGGGUGCCCAUGCAUGGAGGAAGGGAAAAAGCCAAGAGAAAAGAAACAACGCUUAGAAGGAAGUUAUGGUUACGAUGAAGAUGAAUCAUCAUCAGACAGUGAUGAUGAGAUGUUAUUGAAAUACCAGCAGUCCUUGAGUAUCGGUCGACUUUCGCGUCAGCCUAGCGUAAGCGGUUAUAAAAAGAAGUCUGUAGCAGCUGCAUCUCGUGCGCCCUCUGAAAGUUCCAGUUUUAAAAGUAUUCGUUAUAAAGCUUCAGGGUCCUUGAUGUAUGCACCAGGUACAAUAAUAAGAGGCAUAACUGAAGAUGUAAGAUUUAUAGAGGAACACUCUCACCAGGAGAGGUUCGAACCAUACAAAAUUUGGCAAGUCGAGUGGCCGAGCAGUAAGGCAGCCGCUCCUUCCCAGGGUUCGGUUUGUAGAAUAGUCACGGACCACGCCCAUACACAAUUAAUCACCAUGAAGCUGCAAGUUAUGGUUAUUCUUCUACCUUUACCUUUAAUAAGCAAAUACAGAUACAUAAAAGUUACAAUUAUCAAAAUAUUCCAACAUAUUAUCAACUGAAAAUAUUAUUGUAUUUUAAAUAAUUAUAAAUAUCAAAUAAAAACAGAACAAAUGAAUACAUACUGAAAACAUAAAUAGUAAUGCACUAGAUUACUAAGGUAACUAUUCUGCUACUGACAAAAAAAGACAUGUAUAAAGUUAUACCAGAAGUAAACACUUUUAAGAUAGUUAGCCAAACUAUUGAAGAUUUGAUUGCCAAC